AUGAUGAAAAAUAUAACGCGAACUCGGGCUGUUUCUUAUAAAUGGAUAUCAAGAGUCAUUGGCAUUGUCUGGGCAUUUCUUACCGCUUGCUUUGCGAUUUUGAAUAUCUAUGUUUUCGUCCAGCCGCAAUGGAUCGGCGAUACACUAGAAAGUCCUCGUGCUGGACACUUCGGUCUUUAUUCGCACUGUAUAAGUACAACAAGUGAUUACGAAUUUGACUGCCGAGGCACGUGGACCAAUUUCGGAACAAUUCUUAAUUCACCGUUUGCUGUCGCAACCUUCUUUAUUGGCUUUUCAGCGUUAUUGAUUCUUAUCUGUCUUGCAGCGUUCAUCCUAUUCUUAUUCAUACGGGCUCGAAUUGUCUAUUUCAUUUGUGCGUCAAUACAAAUUGUUUGUGCUAUUUGUUUUCUUAUUGCUUUGAUUAUUUACCCAUCCGGUUUUGAUAACGACACAGUUCGAUCGGUUUGUGGACCUAACGCGAACGAUUUCUAUAUCGAUACUUGUCAAGUUCGUUGGGCAUACAUCGUAGCGAUCAUUGGCUUCUUCAAUAUAUUGAUUCUUGCAAUUCUCGCAUUUUCCCUUGCCGUUACGCAACCGAUAAGUACAGUGAGACACGACAACCUAGAUACGAAACCUGUUCUGUCGAAAUAUGGCGAAGUCAAUGGAGCAUUUGAUGAUCGAACCUUUUCUGACCAACGACAUGAAUUGGCCAUCUGA